AUGCCUCACGUCGACAUCUUGUUCAACCAGAGAAAAAUCGAGCCAGCGCAAGUUAAAACGGCUAUCGAUAAUUUUGAAAAAUGUAUCGUCGAUGUGAGCAAUAAAAUUCAUCACAUAAUAAAUGAAGCCAAAAGUAUUUGCACUGUACCCCAAGGCAACAAAAGGAGACGACGUAAUAAUAGCAGUCACGAUCACCGAGUUGCCGCAUUAGAACUAUGCGACAAUAUAAUUUCAAUUCAAAGAUCAUUUGGUAGCCGCAUCCCUUUUUUCCCGGAACACUUUGGAGAAUGCUGUGGUAAGUUUACUGAUGACAAGUUGGAAAGUAUCUGCUUGACUUAUCCCGAAUUAGAAAAAAGUCGUUUAAAGACAGAGUUGUCCGUUAUUUAUGCACGGAAUGACUGCCGAGAUUUACAUGGAACUCUGUCUCUUUCGAAAUUUUUUAUACAAAACAGUUUGGAGGAAACACUAAAAGAAACAAAGAAGCUAUUAGAAAUUAUUGUUACAACAUCAGAGGCUGAGCAAAAUUUCUCAACAUUGAAAAGAAUCAAGACUUUUCUUCGAAAUACUGUGACCCAGGAUCGCCUUAGAGCGUUGUCGAUGCUGUCCAUUGAAAAGGAAUUUAUUUAG